AUGUCCUUGGCCAGGACCUGCCCAGCAUAUCAAUGGGAGAAAAGUCUGAGGGAAUUGAUGGCAGAGUUUAAUUGUACAUAUAGAAAAGCGGUUACAAUCAUUGUAACACCUAGCUCUCCGGUGCAAGAGACAAAUCCCUCGAACAGUAAAAUAACCAUUUUAAGUUCGGAAGCUCCGCAAGCUCAGUCUACCUCAUAUGACCAAGGCCGCGAACAUGACCAGGUUACGUUUGCUCAGGUGGUUAAGACUGACGCAAUAGUACAUAGCGAGUCGGAACCGAAAUAUAACCUCCGGAUCAAGAAGACACGGCGGCAAUGCGCCAGGAAAGCUAUCUCCCCUGAACGCCAUGCUAAUUCCAUGGAUACACCAACAAUGGACCAUUUGGAGGCCAAGACACCCCCGAAAAAGGAAGUAAACUUUAGUGAAUUAUUAAAUAGACUGAAAGAGGUCAUAUUUUUAAGAAGUGCAUCUAUGAAAGACCAGAUAAAGGAGGUGAUAAAGUGUUGUGUGGAAUGGUUGAUUUUAGUUGUAGUAGAUAAUAUUUCGAAUUGGCCUAUUUUAAAAUUAUUACUGGAUUAUUUAAAUGAAUAG